CGUCUUCCUCUCCUUGCUUUUCCUUCACCAAUCGAGUCUUGAAAUACGCCUGCUGGACUGCGAGCCUUGACCACGCCAUCUCCUGAACCCACUCGGCCCCUUCCGCACACUGCCCAUCGGCGACCCUACCUCCGCACACACCUAUACACAACAACCCACGAUGCGACCCUUUGUGGGCCUCGCAGGCCUGCUGCUCGUUGUCGCUCCUACCGUACUCGCUCAAAUCGAGAACGCACCCGACCUAUCCACUGUCACGCAACCAGGAGGCGACGCAGCGACAAACACAGCCGAGACCUCCGCCGCCGAGACAUCACAAGCAGCGACUUCAGAAGCUGCAACCACAUCGCAAGUCGCCACCUCCGAGACCACCGAGGCCGCAACAACAGGAGAUACGCCCUCUAGUACGGCUGCCCAGACAGGGUCUACGAGUGUGUUCAAUCUUGUAGGUGCGCCAACACUAGCCGGUAUCGGUAUCCCGGAUGUCAAAGUCCCAGACACAGCCGGUGCUGCCUUUAUGCAAAAGUCCGAUCUUCCAGAUGGAACCGUCUUCAUCUGCGUCGGUGCCAUUCUCGCCUUCUUCGGUGCGGCGGUGUUGGCGUGGCGCGGUCUCGUUGCGUGGUCGUUGCAUCGUUCUGUCAAGCGGGCGGCCAUGGCUCAGAACAUGGCUGAUAUCAAGGCCAUGUCAGCAGUGCCUGGUAAGAAGCGGGGAAUGUACAAUGUGGUCGGAGCGAGUUCGACCAUGUCUCUGGAUCACCUAAACGCCGCCCCCAUUGGCAAGUCGUCGAAAGCUUUCGCUGGUGCGCCUGCAGCACAGAAAUCGGCAUCGUCCUUGUUCUUCUCUCCAACUGCAGGUGGCGCCGCCGGUUUGCGGGAUUCUGUAGCGGCCCGAUCUUCUACCUAUCUUCCUGCAGGAUACUACGCAUCUGGUAACGCAGCCCCUGCUGCUGGAUCACCACAGAUGCACAUCGGAGGCCAGAACCCCAAUAAUCUUUCAGCGCUCUCCCUCUCCACCCCAGGAAACCGAUUUAGCGCAAGAUCCGGUAUGUCACCACCGGAAUCGCCAUCACUGCCACCGUCACGCGGGGGAUAUGCUCGCGCGCCACCAUCACGAGACGGCUUAUCUGUAUACAACCGUAACAGCGUUGCAACUCUCGGCCAACCCGGUAAUACGAGAAGCAUCUACGGUCAAGACGGCCACGCCGUAAGCCAGUUGUCGCUGAAUGUACCUGGCGGCACAAAUGUCCCUGGCGGCCGGACUCCCAGUGGUUAUCUAGACGAUCUGUUCGAGAACCACGGCAACGGAUCAAGAGAACGAUUCUAGUUGGAUCUCGAACAGCAGCCUGCAAAACAGCGUACUGUGAGCGUGGGAAGUAGUACGCUCAAGAAGAGUCCGUUUGGCGUAUACCGGUUCGCGUAUGCGUCGGAGGUGGAACGCGCUAGAGCAGUGUCUGCAAGCACUUUGUCCAUGAUAGAAGAUUAUUACCGUGUGUGAGCAGGCGAGGAAAGAGGAAGUGAAAAAGAGAAAGAGGUUCUUGUUUAUGUUUUGCUUGCAUGCAUGCGUGCGGGUCUCCUUGCUUUCGGGUUCACUGCUUGGCUUGUGAUACCAUCUCAUGCAGGUUGCUUUUUCGUCACUUGCUCUGACUGUGGUACCGGCUUCGGGUUUGGGGGGACUGUCCGAGUCUGCCAUCUUCAAGCGUUCUUAUUACUAUUGUUGUCACGUUUCUCUUAUGAUCGUAGGGAAGUAUCCAUGGAUGCUCGUUAAUCAUGUUGGCGUUUAGUCGGCGUUUGAAAAGAGUGGGG